AUGUACCGAAUGUCUCAACUGAUGUCAACACCAGUCGCAAGUUCUUCCUGGUUGAAGAAAGAACACACUAGAGAGCUGUCUCCCGCGUGCAUUUUUCCAAGUUUUGCCUGUGAUUUCUUAGAUGGUGACGGUUCCUUAGAAUGCUGCUCCACUGACCCUAUGACAGGCGCCCAUUAUCCUUGUCGCCGAAGUUCCAGACUCCUCACCAAUGGCUACUACAUUUGGACAGAAGACAGUUUCCUCCAUGACAAAGAUGGCAACAUAACUCUGAACCCAUCCCAGACCAGUGUGAUAUACAAGGAAAACUUGGUCAGAAUAUUCAGAAAGAAAAAGAGAAUCCGCCGUUCUCUUGCUUCUCUCUUCAAUCACAGUGCCUCUGAAUCCCGGCUGCAUGGAGGUAUCCUUGGUGCUGUUGACUCUUCUCCAAGUGAGGACCACGAGCUGGAGGGGCUCAGGAGGCUGGAUAUGCACCACUGCAACGAAAGUGGAGGUGAUUUUGACUCUACUUCUCUCACUGAUGACUGGGAGUCAGAGAAGCUGAAUGCAGAAUCUACAAAAGCCUCCUUUUCCGACCACAUCACAUCUCAACCUCCCAGAGAAGACUCCUGUGACUCCUGUCUUCAGUUCCAGUUAAUGGUGUCUAAACAUUUCCAAGGGAACAUUUGGGAUCAUUCAAAAACCAGUUUGUUACAAGAGGUCUCCUGUCAGGUAAUCCUGCUUGUUGCCUGCUUAAUCAUUUCUUCAUGUGUAAGAUGGUUCAUGGGAGGAGUAUUCGCCAGUGUCUUCACAUGCUCAUUGAUGAUAACCAUAGCGUGUCUGCCAAAAUUUGACAAGCAGUUAGGAAUGCGUCUGAUGAAUGUCUUCAAUCUGAAUAUACGGAAAUUGUCUGACAUACUGUCUACUUGGAAUCAGCUGGUUUAUUGA